AUGAAUAAUAUAAAUAAAUAUGAUAACAAAUGUGCUAUACAUAAAGAGCAAGAUAUUAAAAUGAUUUGUGCAAUAUGUAAGGUAGUAGUAUGUGUAGAAUGUAUUCUUAUAGAUCAUAAUGGCCAUAAAUUUGAUCGUAUUGGUGUAGAGAAUUCAAAAGAAAUCUUUGAAGAAUUUAAAAAUCAUAUUCAAAAUUUAGAUAAACAAAUUGAUAUCAAUAAUGAGUUAUUAAAUGAAUCAAAUAAUUUAUUUAAACCAUUAGAAGAUAAACAUACUGAAAAUGUAAAUACAAUCACAGAAGUAUUUAAAGAACUCUUCAAAUUAUUACAAAUCAUUGAAAUUGAUAAAAUCAAACAAUUAGUAACACUCUAUGAUGAAAAUAAAGAUAUCAAAACAAAUAUUUCAACCACUAUACAUGAUAAUUUAAAUAUUUUUAAUUUAAUUACAAAUAAAUAUAAAAAUACAAUAAAUCAAAUAAAUAUUGAUCAAAUCAUUAAUAAUAAUAAUAAUAAUUAUAAUAAUAAUAAUAAUAAUAAUAAUAAUAAUAAUAAUAAUAAUAAUAAUAAUAAUAAUAAUAAUAAUAACCAUCAACAUAUUGAAAUAUUAAAACAUUGUUGUCAAUUACAACCAUUAAUAAAAGAUAAUCAAAAUGAAAAAAAAAUCAAAGAAUUAAUGAAUCAAUAUAAAAAAGUAAAUUUUGUAAAUAAUAGUGAACAUGUUAAAAAUUUAAUUAAAGAAAUAUUUGAAAUUACUGAUGGAAAUGAAUAUCUUAUUUUUAAAGAUGAUUCUAUCAUUCCAAAUGGUACAACUCAUGUAGCGAUUGCACCAAGUGUUAAAACAGUUAAAAUAGGUUCAAUUCCAACAUCGGUUAAAUGUGUGAUAUUACUUGAUGGAUUCAAUGUUCAAUUAAAAGAAGGUAUGCUACCACAAUCAAUUAGAUAUCUAUUUGUUGGUGCAAUUAAAAAACCAUUAUUAAAAGGUUCAAUACCAAAUGGUGUUACUGAUUUGUUUUUAUUAGAUGGAUUUAAUCAAAAAAUAACUGAAAUACCCCAAUCAGCUAAUUUAUUCCUAUUUGAUACUCCUUUAACAAAUUUCCCAUUUCAAAAUUUUAUUCACAGAACUCCAAAAUAUAAACAACAACUCACUCACCCAAAAAUGAGUAAUUGGAAUGGUGUGUCAAAUUGGGAACCUAAAAUUGAACUUUAA